UGAAAAAUGUGCCAAGAAGGCUUUGGACUGCGUGCUGAUUUGAAUCCGCACGUUACAGCACGACACCGUGUAGGCAACACCAGAUAUGGCUGUGCCAUUCCGGGCUGCGAAAUUAUUGUCUCACGAAAAGAUAACAUUGCAAAACACUUGAAAAGAUUCCAUCCGAAUGAGGAUCGGGAUAGUAUUGGUCGAUAAUCUCAAUCGCUCAGCACGAAGCGCACCAACAAUGACAUGGACUCAGCCCCUCAACCACUCGAAAACGAACUGCACACAGUCUUCAAUUGGUGGAAUUCAGCAAGAACUCGCGACACAACCGCGCUGGAGACUCUGCUUGAAGCAGGCUUCAAGAUAGACUCGCGCGCGAGAGAUCAGAGCACGGCUCCACACUGUGCCGCGUAUGCAGGUCAGAUUGCGGUCGUUGAAUUCCUUUUGUACAAAGAUGCUCAGCUUAAUCUCUCGAAUAUGAGGGGCGAGACCCCCCUUUCUGGAGCAGCGAUAGGUGGGAAUCCAGACUGUAUCUUAGCCUUGUUGCGAGCUGGAGCCUGUGUCAGAUACUUCAGGCCUCGAGAGGACACACCCAAGCUGUGCUUUGUGGGCCACGUGGUCCGAAUUGGCGAUACGUCUCUCGUAGAGAGUAUUGUAAAGAGCGACACGCCACAGAUCAACACUCAUGGAGCAUCGAAAACCUAUGCUUUCGCCGUGGCCGCUGCGAAGAUUGGUCAAAUGUCAUUCCUUCGGUUGAUUUCCGACACAGAUCGGGCGGUAUUUAGAAAUCGAAGAUAUGGUCAGCAACGACCGGUCUACUAUGCUGUUAGCUGUGGGCAGGUGGAAGCAGUCCGAAUGCUGCUAGCACCAGUGCCUUACGAAAUCAGAGAGACAGCAGCGAGCUUAGGUCUAGGUUCCCUCACCCAACUGGCGGCUCAGAAAGGGUACCUGGACAUUCUUGAGAUACUGCUUGAACAUGGUGCAGAGGGGUUGGACUCACAGUGCAGCUACCGGCGUCCUGUAACGGCGCUUCAUCUCGCCCGGCGGGAAGGACAUACCGAAAUUGAAGAUCCCCUUAUUGCUUAUGGCGCCACGGAAUACAAGCUCAAGGAGGGAAUCCAGGAGUCACGACCAGACCAAGUCAGAAUCGAGCCAGAGCGAUCAAUCGGAGACAUGGCCUCUGAGAUGCAGGAACAGGACGACACCGAUAUCAACUCCGAUCUCGAAGCACCACGUAGCGAAAUACAUCCUCUCUUCUAUCGAGCAUUUGACUGUCUGUCUGUUUUCUGAUCAACCGUGGUCUUCAACAACACACUAUAGCAACAGCCUCGCUCGAGUUCUGCGACCUGGACAGAGAGUGCCUCGUAGCAUACCUCCCGACGAUCCAAGAAGGCUUGUCCACAUCUUGAAGA